AUGCUGCGACUAGUGCCGAAACCAGGAAACUUGAUUUUUUCUCUGUGGAGAUCGACGACGGCCGCCUGUUUUGUGCCACAGGUGUUCCAGCGCAAAACGUUGGAUCUUCACGGCCUGCACGUGGCUGAGGCCGUCGAGGUGCUGGACAGGGAGAUGGGAGCGUUGGCGGAGAGGGGACUGUGCAGCGUCAGAGUCUUGACCGGCACGGGACAUCACAGCAAGGGACCCACCAACAAGGCGCGUCUUUUGCCAGCGGUGGAAAACUUUUGCUUGAUUCGCGGUUAUCUCUUCAGAAAGGUACCGGAUCAAAGCACCGGCCACGUCGGGGCGAUCGACGUCCAAUUCGCAAAACUGUCGGAACACUCGACAGGAGGAUGGGGUUAA